CGAGCAGCAGAAGCAGACUGGUGGGUGCCGAGUUUAUUAUCAGUGGUAUAUCGCAUAUUUAAAUUAUCACGUUACUUGAUAACGAUUUAUCUCGUGGCAGGUGUCAUCUAUCUGGGGAACCGGCAGUGAUCGUGCUUUCCGAUCGACCAGUAAGUAAAAGUAUUUGAUCUUCCAUCACCCUCAACGUCGUCCGCAAUCCGUCGCUUCGGGCCAUUAAUUGGAUUACGCGAAUGCCGCACGCGGGAUGAGUCAGGCUGAACACUGAGAGACUGAUUAUCAUCCGCUCCUUUCAUCAGUGGUGCAAUCGUAGUUGUCACGGCAGGCACAUAUCACUUAUCAAUUGCUCACGCUCUGGAACCUCACCAAUCGCCCUAUCUAAUCUUCCUAGGACUCCUCAUUCGUGGAUCUUAUUUACUCAGCAUCUAAAAUGACUGUCAUUGCAGAGAAGAGAGACGAACUCCCAUUCUUGAAAUCAGUUGAGAGGGUUGCCAGUUAUCCUGUCGUUGAAAGUGGUUACAACUGUGCCAACUUUUACUACUCUAAAGUGAAGAACCUAAACGGAAUCAUUGGCUGGACCCUAGACUCAGCAGAAAACAGUGUCGCAGCCGCAGUAGAAUUGGCGAAACCCAUUGUUUCUAAGUUUGAACAUCCGCUCACUGUAGUUGACUCCUUCGUUCUCAAAAACUUAGACACUGUAGAGCAAAAUAUUCCAAUUGUUAAAUACCCCCCAGAGCAGGUGUAUCAUAAAACCAGAAGUUACGUUUGCAACAAUGUUGUCCGACCAGUUGUAAAGCGUGCCGAUUCUGUGAAGCAAGUCUCUGUGCACAGUGCAGUGAAGUACAGCAAUUUUGCAGCCGAGAAAAUUGAUUCUGUUUUGGAAGUUGCUGACAUGUACGUCGAUAAGUAUCUGCCUGAUGCAGAUGAUGCUGCCACCUCUACUGAUUCCAAUCCAAUGAUGGAAAAUGCAAGCAAACCUCAGAAAGCACUCAGCCAUGUUAAUGUUUUCUCACGUAAACUUCAACGUCGUCUUACUCGCCGUACAAUAGCCGAAGCAAAGGCAUUGAAACACCAGAGUGCUGAAACCCUCCAAGCUCUAAUCUAUCUAACAAAAUUGCUAGCAAGAGACCCGAAAGCAUUCAUGGAAAAAGCUAGAGCUCUUUGGGAAUAUUUAAGUAAAAAUGAGCCCGAAAAUCAAGUGCCUCCGCAGAAUAUAGAACAACUGAUCAUUCUGAUCACCCGAGAAAUAGCUCGCAAAUUCGUUCAUACCACCAACUUCUCAAGACAACAGUUAGCUCUAAUUCCUCAGACCAUCUCCAACUCAGUUUACACCCUCUCCCGUCAAAUUAAUGAUCUUUGCAGCACACUAAUAAAGAUGAUCCAUCUUGAUGGUCCCGUAGAUGUUGUCAUGGCUUUGGCUAGAGAUCAACUGCAUAGUACUCGGCUAAUUCUGGAAUCAAUUCAUGCAUCCGUUCAUCAAAUUUUGGAACGUUUGAUCAGCCGAGGAAGGCAACUGGCUGUUGAGGCUCAAGAGGCUGUUCAAAAUAGUAAUAGCAUCGAGAUGAACAAUAUCACCAACGAUUCUUCACCCAAGGAAGCUCAAACCACUGGAAACGACUCAACAGAACCAACUCCAGUCAAUGACAAUACUGAGGAGACUUAUGCUGAAGAAGCCAAAGAGCAAGUUCCUUCGCAAUCUGGCUCUGCCGGAAAAAGUAGUAAAGGGAGUGGCAAAAGUUGAGCUUUUUAGUCGAUGAAGUGUUUUAUGAAUUAUUUUUAAUACCAUUUAAGUUUAGGUUUUUUAAUUGUUACACAUGCAUAUUUAUUCUGAAUAGGUUUUACAAAGAAAACUUGGUGAAUGCAUUUUAAUUUAUGAAAAUAAUGAUGGUGGUAUCUGCUUUAAGAUAGGAGUUACCCAACAAUUAGGAUUGUGCAAAAAAAUCAAAGCAUUAUCAUGCUCCCGCAUAGAACUUCAAGGAACCUCCAGCUUUCUAGCAUUUUAAAUGUAUUAAUAACUGUAUGUUCCCGAUUUUUUUUUUAAACUCCCCAGGUAUUCUUUGUCUAAAAUUUCAACAGAGCUUCUUUUUUACCUGUUAUUCCAUUGUAAAUGGUAGAGACUGAAAUUUGAAUAAUCUGAAUCAUACUAUUUUCAUUUUUAGAUUAAACUUUUUAAAAUCAAAAUAAAUUUGGAUCAUAAUUAUCGUUUGUUAUGUAGGUCUGAUAAUUUAUUUUCAUGCUCAAAAGUUUUUUGAUUACAUCAUCGAUGAACCUGGUACCUAUGCUAAUAGGAAAUAAUAAGUCAGCGCCAAUUCUUGCAGUAAGAAAUUCUGGAAUCUCAUACUUAUGAAUACUGUUUUAUUGGUUUUAAAUUAUAAGUGCAGUUAUUGUUUUCUGUUCAAGUUUUAAACUCAUGUAGAAACAAAUAUUUUUCAAGCAUUUAUAGUCUGUUUUGGAAAUAAAGGAAAAUAAGUUUUA